AUCCGGAGCCUGGUGAAGAGGUACGUGGCGGCCAUGAUACGCAGCGCCAAGACGGACGAGGGACUGACGGAGGAGAACUUUAAGGAGUUGAAACAGGACAUCUCCAGUUUCCGCUACGAGGUCCUUGAUCUCCUCGGCAACCGACGUCCUCCCCGGCGACACUACUCUUCCUCCAGCGAGACAAUGAGAGAAGAUGGCGCCAUGGCCUCGGAGGAUGACAGCGAGUCGGGGGAUGGCGGCAGCGGAGGAGGUGGUGGGUUCGGAGGCCAGAGGUCAAAGGGCGUGACUUUCAUGACCCCGCUAGAGGAUGAAGUGAGGCCGGCGGCCACGCUCUCUGUUUCGGCUCUGGUGCGCUCCAUCUCCGGGAUGACACGGAUAGAAGGUGGGGGAGAGCGAGAGGAGGGGGAGCUGGAGGAGGGCAUCGGAUGGGGGGAAGAGGAGGAGGAAGAGGAGGGGAUACCAAAGAGUAAUGGGCUGAAGACGACCGUCAUCCCUCCGUCCUCCACCAACGUCCUCCCUCUGCCAUCGUCAUCAUUCUCCUCGUCGUUCUCAUCGCCAUUCGCUCGCACGAGGAGUCGUCUGCAGCGCAUCUCAGCUCCCAGCACAAAGACGGACUCCUUCAAACGCCUCUCCUACCUGUUCUCUCGCUCCAAACGCAAAGCGCCACCCAUGCCUCUUCCCCUCCAAUCUCCGCCCUCCUAUACCAUUUCAGACGGGUUGCUCCGCCCCCUUGGGAGCCACAGCCACUCCGACUUCGGACUCAGUGACGUGACCAGAAGCGAGAUCCACCUGAACGAGGUGGGCCGCUCAGUCGACAUCAAUAACCCCUCAUUCUCACCGCGGAGAACGAAUGGGCGGGACUCGCUCCUGAACCUGCCCCUCCCACCCCCGUGCCCCUGCCAAUCCCUGCACUGUGCUUCCAACAUGUCCGAGUCCAGCUCUCGCCUCCUGGACUCCAGCGAGGACGUUUUCCAGGGCGUGAGCAUGGGAGGAACGGGCGAGGGCGGUGUGGACGGCGGAGGGGGAAGAGGAGGGUUGAUGAUGAUAGGCGGGUGGGUGGGGCCAUGCGACGAUGUCAUAGAGGACAGCUGCGAGGUCAUAGAGGACUCGGUCACCACGCAGCUAUAGGAGCAAGGGACGACCAGACUGUUUUUCUUUGUUUGUUUGUUGCAAAAUGGAAAAAUACGUUCAGAGCGAGUGGAACAGAGAGAGAGGUGGGAGGGGGAAGAGUUCUUCAGUCUAGAACGAUGUUCUAAAGGCCGGUGUCAUCGACCGUCCUCGAGUGGCAGAUUUUUAUAAAGACAGUUUGUCACCAUCUCACAGACACAGUCACACGCCCCGUACGAGUUAGCAAACAGGCUACAUGGCAAGCAGGCGCUAAAACGUGGCACAGUAAAUAAAGAUGGACGACGCGUCUCCACUUUCCGGAAAUGAGGCUAAAAUAUCUGGGAUUCAAACGCUGCUAUCUUCUGCCAGUGAUGUCAUGUGGAGUCGGAGUCUGUUCAGCAGCGGUGUCGUGAUUUGUUCAUCAUGUCAUCCGAAGCCUGAGCUCUCGUCUUGUGACACCUCAGCACUGGCAGCGACAACAAACCUCGCUGACGCCAAGUACUUUUAAUUUGGCGCCGUCGGCUGUUUAGCUCUGACACACGUGCCGUGUUUCGGUUUUUUUUAAGGAUGGUUGUCGGGAUCUGUCCGUCACGCCGGCUCGACCAAUCACGCGUGAGAGGAGGCGUGGUUCAUGGCCACCAGGCCGUGACAAAAGCGAUUUUGAUUCACUUGUGGGAGCGAUCGUGUCGUCCAUCUUUAUUCACAGUCUAUGCAUGUUACCUACAGAGCUGUUGAGUGGACAGACUAAGCUAACUGAGCCCGCUGGUGAGCUAACACGCUAGACUCAGUGCGAUAUUCCAGUUGUUCUGGAAUGUGAGAUUUUGGCAAAUGACAAGUCCGGGCUUCAAAUGAAAAGUUCAUCACUGACCUUGAAUUAGUUUCAUCAACGUCUGUUUCAUCGUGUUGAAUCGUUUUAAAGCUGCUCAGGGUUUGUUUUGUUGUCGUAUCGCAGCUGACGUCUGACCGACCGAGCUGCUCGAACGUCCAUCUUUUUCGUGACACUCGAUCAAACCGUCUUUAUAAACGUCUGCCACGUUCCACGCAUGCCACAAGAGAACAACAGAGGACGAGAUCUGAAAGGGAAGUACACUUUUUUUUUUUUUUUUCCUCUGGGAGAUUUGAAUGCGCAUGAUGAUUAUUAUGGAAUUAACCAGGAGCCAAAGCAACUUUCCACGAGGGAAAUAUUCGAAAAGAUUCCUUCUGUUUUCCAGCUGCCAUCUUUCCCUUUAACAUCACGGAACAAAAAUGGAAUCACAUCAUUUCAAAAUCUCUGGAAUUAGAUGGAACGACCGUUAAACUUCAGCCAA